AGAAAAAGUAAAGAAAAAAAAAGAGAGAGUGAGAGAGAGAGAGAAAUGAAAGACUGAAAAGUAUUUUUUUCCUCCCCAACAGAUGCUGUCCUGGAGGGAGAGGAUGCCAUACCCGCAGAACGUGCUGAGGAACGUGGCCCGGAAGACAUGUGGCACAGAGUGGGUAUUUCUCGUGGAUGUGGAUAUCGUGCCCAUUCCAGGACUGUCUUACACCCUCUCGUCUUUUCUCACAUCAACGCCUGCCCUCAAGUGUAAAAAGUGUGCGUUUGUCGUCCCCACGUACGAGGUCGACGAGCGCUCGCCUCUGCCCUACAACCGGUCGAGUCUCCUGAGGCUGGCGAGAAAGCGCUCAGCGUAA